AUGGUGGAGCCACUCUCGGUCGACGACAGCGGCAAAUUUCCGGAUAAGACCAAACAGUCAAGCAUGAGAUCCUCUAUCUUCAAUGCAUACCUAUUUUUGACCUCCCUAUGCGCAAUAAUCGCGCUGGUCAUUGCUGCGGUCUCGCUCCACAAAGCAAAUGAGGGCGCCGCUUUCACGUCCUCGCUAUUCAUGACCGACAUGGAGCGCACUUUCAACAGCACGGUAUAUGCCAUCGCCAAUCGUGGGCCAAACGCACCAGCAUGCGACAAUUUCAGCGCCGAAGUGGUGACUGGCCAGACAUCUAUCCCAGGCCAGUGUGUCACCGUUGCCGAUAGCUACUCAAUGUGGGUGACCAGGUUGGCUCAGAAUUGUGUGCCAUAUGCCUAUGCACAGGAGAACUGCACUGGUACCUCCCGAAUGAUGGGCGACCUAAGCCUUCCAGACUGCAUCAUUAACGCCGCCGCUGGAGAACUGGCUGGCAAAUCCGGGGAAACUUUCAGAAGUUUCCAAAUCUUAUGUACUUGA